AUGACACAAAUCGAAAAUAACGACACCCCCCAAGAUGACUACGAGGACAUGCCUGGAGGUCCUGGAGCACCCAUUCCCAUUUCUCAGUUGGCGGGCGUUGCGGGUUUGACUGAAAGAGACAUCAAGUUGGUCACAGAGGGAGGCUACCAUACGGUCGAGUCCAUUGCGUACACACCGCGCAGACAGUUGGAACAGAUCAAGGGUAUAUCAGAAGCAAAGGCGUCAAAACUGUUGAAUGAAGCGAUGAAACUUGUGCCCAUGGGCUUCACCACCGCCACCGAGAUGCAUGCCCGAAGAAGCGAUCUCAUCUCGAUAACCACUGGCUCGAAGAACCUCGACAGGCUACUAGGCGGCGGCAUUGAGACGGGUUCUAUCACGGAGAUUUUCGGCGAGUUCCGCACCGGCAAGAGUCAGAUCUGUCACACAAUGGCGGUUACAUGUCAAUUGCCUUUUGAUAUGGGAGGUGGAGAGGGAAAGUGUUUGUACAUCGAUACCGAAGGCACCUUUCGCCCUGUUCGGCUGCUAUCAGUAGCACAGCGAUACGGUCUUGAAGGCGAAGAGGUCCUGGACAACGUCGCCUAUGCUCGGGCAUACAAUUCGGAACACCAGCUGCAACUUCUCCAGCAAGCUUCUCAGAUGAUGUGCGAAACUCGGUUUUCGUUGCUCAUCGUUGAUUCAGCAACUUCGUUAUAUCGAACCGAUUACAAUGGCAGAGGCGAACUCUCAUCACGGCAAUCACACAUGGCCAAAUUCCUGCGGACUCUGCAGAGAUUGGCUGAUGAGUUCGGCAUCGCGGUGCUCAUCACCAACCAAGUGGUUGCACAAGUGGACGGCGGGCCCAGCGCCAUGUUCAACCCAGACCCGAAGAAACCGAUCGGCGGCAACAUCAUUGCUCAUGCAAGCACUACCAGACUAAGCCUGAAGAAGGGUCGGGGCGAGACUCGGAUCUGCAAGAUCUACGACAGUCCAUGCUUGCCUGAGAGCGACACGCUGUUCGCGAUUUAUGACAGUGGGAUUGGCGAUCCUCAACCCAAGGACGACAAGGAAUAA